UGAUCCGCUGUGGCCACCCCUGACUGGUAAAAGCCGAAAGGAGAAGAUGACCGGGUAGUGUCCAACUAGGCCAGGGAUCCGUUUUCAGCAGAAACCCGCACAGAAAAGCUCCAAUACAAGUAUUAGAGAUUAACAUGGGAUGGCAAAGAGAUUAGGGCUAAGGGUUUUUGAGAAGACGGUACUUCUGCGACAAUUUUGUAACAGCGUACUGCAGACUUGAAGGGAUGUUUCCGUACAAUCGUUUAGUAAUUACAUAUUUCGUUAGUUAUAAAAAAAUGUUGCUUACGAAGGUCCCAGUGACUGUAUCCAGAGAAAAAGUACAUUUGCAACUAAUUCUGGUAGAGGAGCCGAGAACCCAAUACCAACAAACCGUUACAAUUCAAGACAGAACCCCAGAGAUAUCCUCUUCAUCCCGUGCAGUAGUUGGUGAACUGUUGAACCGUUGGGGUAAUACCUGCCAGCAAACUUCUCAAAAUACACUCACUAUUGUGAAAAGCUGCUGCGCAGCCAUCUUUUAUUACGAGCUCCAGGACACCUAGUAACGCCGCCUUCGCCCGAGCGUUUCCGAGUGACGGCGAAGUUGGCCGAGCGUGACCCCGGAAGCGUGGAGAAAAGGUUACCUACAGAGAUCACAAUACGGAGAGAUCUUUAGAAACAGACAAUGGGGUGCUGGGUAAGCGCUAUACUGUCGUAUUAAAGGACCUUAGUGUCUUCACAUUCCUGUGUGGACACUUGCAGCGGGGGGCACGGCGCCGUAGGUUGUAUCAAUCAUGGCCACACAUACCGUACGUCUCUGAUGGACCGACAGAAAGUCUGUCUAACAGCUGCAGUGUUUUGAAAGGGUAAUGCCAGCUCACCAUGCAGUCAUCAGGGCAUAGAUUCCGUGAUGUGGAACAUCACCCUCUCCUCACGGGAGAUGAAGGCUACGACUCCCCACCAUCAGAGUCAGAUAUGGCAGAUCAGGGGUGGUUCAUUCGCGAUGGCUGUGGCAUGGUCUGUGCUCUUAUCACAUGGCUGCUGGUUUUCUAUGCCGACUUCGUUGUGAUGUUUGUCAUGUUGCUGCCUUCCAGAGACUUUCUGUACUCCUUGAUUAAUGGAGUGGUGUUUAACUGCUUGGCGGUGCUGGCUCUGUCAUCCCACUUGAGAACGAUGCUCACUGAUCCAGGUGCCGUGCCCAAGGGCAAUGCAACAAAGGAGUACAUGGACAGCUUGCAGCUGAAGCCAGGUGAAGUGAUCUACAAGUGCCCAAAAUGCUGCAGCAUCAAACCUGAACGUGCUCACCAUUGCAGUAUUUGUAAAAGAUGCAUCAGAAAGAUGGAUCAUCACUGUCCCUGGGUCAAUAACUGUGUGGGUGAAAACAAUCAGAAGUUCUUUGUUCUCUUCACAAUGUAUGUAGCUCUGAUUUCGGCACAUGCACUUAUACUGUGCAUCUUCCAGUUUGUCUCCUGUGUGAGAAACCAGUGGAACGAAUGUAGUGGCUUCUCCCCACCUGUGACAGUGAUCUUGGUCAUUUUUCUGUGCCUUGAAGGUUUGCUUUUCCUUACCUUUACUGCAGUGAUGUUCGGGACCCAGAUUCAUUCGAUAUGCAAUGAUGAAACGGAAAUUGAAAGACUGAAAAAUGAAAAGCCAACGUGGGAACGGAGACUAAGAUGGGAAGGAAUGCGAUCAGUGUUUGGCGGGCCACCCUCUCUACUAUGGAUCAGUCCAUUCGCUGGACUCCGAAUCCGACGUUUAAUGAUAAGGACAAAGAAAGGAGGAACAGAGUUUUCUGUCUGAGCCUCUGAAGCAAGAAACAAUCUUAUUACUACUACUGCAUUCUGUCAGCACCAAAAGUGUGAGAAAAAUGCUGUAUGCUCUGUGACCAGGAAAAGACUUGAGCAUUUAAAGAAAACUUUGCCAGAGACAAAUCUAAUAAACUUCAAGUGCAAGUCACUGGUCUCUUAAAAGACAUCAGCAAAAACUGAACUCGUGUAUUAUGUAUUCACAAAUCUUUGGUGAACAGACAGAAAACAAUCACUUAGGGAUGCCAAGACGCACUGAAUGAUUUCCUUUAUAAUAAUUAAUGACUUUACAUGAUAUUAGUCUUUACUUUUCUUAUGUGAGCCUUGUGCUGUAGAGGGUUCACUGAAAAGUAUAUUUGCAGUACAGUUCUGGCAUAUUUGAAACUGUCUUGUAUAGCUGAAGACUUCACUACAGAACAACUGAUAAGCUUGGGUUCUGCAUAACUGCAGUAUAUUUUUGGUUACAUACCUAACAGCAACUAGCAGAUGAAUCAUUUUGAAAUUGUUCAAGGCAUGUAACAUGUUAUUUACAUUGUACCAAAUAUCUAAUCAAGAACAUAAGGGUAGUUAGACCUCCUGUUGAAAUUAGACUUUUAUAUCUGUGAAAAUGGCUGAUAAGGGAGAAGUGUUGUCAUAUUCUUUGCAUAGGUGUUGGAAUCAUUUGGAAGUAGGUAAGACUGGCUUAGCUAAGCUGAAUCCAGAAUUAUGGAGUCUGCCGUUAAAAUACUCCACUGCCUUCCUUUUGCUGUUCUUUAUAUCUGAAUCGUUGUGACAGAACAUCAGAAACCCACUGAGUUUGAUAUGAAUCUGUCCUGCAGAAAGUUUGGGUGACCCGCAUGCUUCAGCAGUAGAAUAAAGCCAGUGUUAUCCUUACAA